AUAAUACCCCCUCCACCAAACUUUACACUUGGCACAAUGCAGUCAAGCAAGUACUGUUCUCCUGGCAACUGCCAAACUCAGACAGGUCCAUUGGAUUGUCAGACAGAGAAGCAUGAUUCGUCACUCCAGAGAACACUUUUCCAUUGCUCUAGAGUCCAGUGGCAGUGUGCUUUACACCACUGCAUCCGAAGCUUUGCGUUUCACUUGGUGAUGUCAUGCUUGGAUGCAGCUCCACGGCCAUGGAAACUCAUUCCAAGAAGUUCUUGAUGCACUGUUGUUGUUCUAAUCUGAAAGCCACACAAAGUUUGGAAGUCUUUAGCUAUUGACUCUGCAGACAGUUGACGACUUCUGCGCAUUGUGCGCUUCAGCAUGCGUUGACCCCGCUCUGUCCUUUUUAUGUGGUCUACCACUUUGUGGCUGAGUUGGUGUUGUUCCCAGUUGCUUCCACUAUGUUAUAAUACCACUAACAGCUGACCGUGGAAUAUUUAGUAGCAAGGAAAUUUCACGGAUGGGCUUAUUGCCCAUUCAUUCACAAAUGUUUGUAGAAGCAGUCUGCAU